AUGGACAGAGUCAAGAUUGAAAAGGGUAAGGAUGAAAAUGUUAUUGCAUCAGACUCUGUACAAGUUCCACUGGCAACAUUUGACCAUGACUAUGUUGUGCAACAGGAAUCAGAUUCUUCGAAACUUGAAUCGGCUCAAGUAGAACUUAAGCGACUCGAGGAGGAGAACGCAGCUCUAAGAGAGGCAAAGUUUGGAUUAGAACGAUUUCACAAUGACAACAACAUGAUAAAUUUCUACACAGGGUUCAAAGAUUACCAAACAUUGAAAGCUGUGUUUAGUGCUCUCAAACCAACAGCUACAACUAUGAUUCGAUGGACUCAGAUGCAGAGACAGGAAGCGGAUUUAGAAAAAUUAAAAAAAACAAUUUUUAGUUCGGAAAGUCAUCAUCUGUCCCUGAUUGACGAAUUCUUUGUCUUCCUUUGUAGAAUUAGACAAGGCUUCCCUGAACAAGAUCUAGCGGUUAUAUUUUGUGUGUCACAAACAUCUAUAAGCAGAAUUUUGAUCACAUGGUCAAACUACCUGUAUGCUAUGCUUGGCAGUUUGCCUCUAUGGCUUUCAAGAAGUGUUGUGAAUAAGAACAUGCCUGAAAGUUUUAGAAUUACAUACCCAUUUACUCGUGUAAUACUUGACUGCACUGAGAUAAAAGUACAAACCCCUAGCUCAAAAGUUCUUAACUCACAGAUUUACUCGAACUACAAAAGCCACACCACAUUCAAGGGUCUUGUUGGUAUUACACCCUGUGGAACUGUUUCAUUCGUUAGCUCUCUAUACACUGGAGGGAUUUCCGACAAAGAAAUCACAGCCAGAUCUGGAAUACUUGAUCUGCUUGAAGAGAAUGAUGAUGUCAUGGCAGACAAGGGAUUUUUAAUAUCUGAUCUACUGCAAGCCAAGAAUGCUGGCCUAGGUAUUCCUCCUUUCUUAGGAGCAAAAGGGAAGUUUUCCAGGAAUGAGGUUGCUACAACCCAUGAAAUUGCACGUCUUCGAAUUCAUGUUGAACGGGCAAUCCGAAGAGUAAAGGAGUACCACAUUUUCCCCUGA